AUGCCGGAACGUCAGUUGCUGGCGGAAAUGCUGCGAGGCACUUUCCCAGCGAUCGACGUGCCCACCUUCAACCAGGCAGAAUGUCGUCGGGCCGCGCUCUUCCAUUACGACCGAGAGAACGACGCCAUCUUCUUUCGGCAUUUCGUGGUGGGCCGGCGCCAGCUGGGCCUCGAGCGCGGGAUCAAGAAGCUGACCAAGUUCAACCGUUUGCCGAACCUCUCUGGCAAGGCGGACAUCGCCGACUUCGUCACCGGCGGCGGCGCGGUGACCUCGGAGUCAGAGGUGGACGAAGCGGCCGAGAUCCCCGGCACCUGGAAGAGUGGCCGCGUGGCCGUGCGGCUGUCGGAGGCCGGGCCAAGGCUGCGGCUGCUGCUCAUCAAGGCUGAAGAGGGUGUUUGCACUGGCGGCGUGAUGUACCACCGCUUCCUCACAAAGACACCCUCUCAGCAGCAGGUACUCCAGGAACGAGCCCGGCAGCGACAGAAGCUCAAAGAGCGCAAUGCUCGUUUGGCCCCUCGGAGCACCGUGCCGGGGUACCGCUUCAAUUCGGACGCGCUGGCUGGUCUCAACCGAGUUGCGCAGGCCUUCGUGUGCUUUGUGACGGAUCGGUCUCUCAUGGAGGUUCACCGGGAACAGACCUCCAAGGCGAAGAAGGGCAGCAAGCCGCCGGUCUUGCGCAAAACACUGUCGGCGGACCAUGUGCUUCGCUUCCUGCAACAAGACAUGCCACAGCUCGCAUCAAAGUUGUGCUCCCUCUUCCCAGAGUCUGUUCCCGAGGACUUCAAGCCAAGUUCGGUGACGUUGUUGCAGCAACUACACGAGCAAAUCCAGGCCAGAGCUGCAGUGGAUUCAUUGGAGGUCCCCGACAGCUUCCCAGACUUCGCAGAGAUGAAGGAGGUCCCGCAGGUGCCAGUGGAGGACCCUGACGAAGCCAAGACGACGAAGAAAGGAGCAAAGAAGCGGAAAGCUGAGAAGAACGCUGAGGCGACCGAAACAGCGCCCAAGAAGGCAGCUCGGAGCCUCUCGGCGUUUUUCACAAAGGCCGGCCAAGGCCACCACCCUGAGGAAGCAGAUGGCAAUGAUGAGCAAAUUCGUGAGAUGCCAGAGACGGAGUGCUGA